GCCCGUUCCUCCCGGCUCCUCCUGCGGCUGGCUGGCUGCUCCGGGGCCGCCGCCGCCUCCGCUGCUUCUGCUACUUCUUCUGCCGCUGCCGGGGCUGCUCUCGCGGGGAGGGAGGCGGGCGGGCGAGCGGGGCCCGGGCCGGGCUGUGGCGGUGCGUCGGGGCCGGGGCGAGCGGUGCCCGCCGGGCUCCUCCGGGGGCGGCGGCGGCUGCUUCUGCCUGGGCGGCGGCAUGAAGGGGAAGGAGGAGAAGAAGGAGAAGAAGGAGGGCGGCGCGGGGCUGCCCGGCGGAGGCGAGGCGGGCGUCGGAGGCGGCAUCGGCGGUGGAGGAGGCGUCGGGGGCGUCGGCGGAGGCAGCCCGGAGAAGACCCGCAGCGCCCAGGAGUACAAGGAGCAGGGCAACCGGCUCUUCGUCGGCCGCAAGUACCCCGAGGCCGCCGCCUGCUACGGACGGGCCAUCAACCGCAAUCCCUUGGUCGCCGUCUACUACACCAACCGCGCCUUAUGUUACCUAAAAAUGCAACAGCACGACAAGGCCCUGGCCGACUGCAAGCACGCCCUGGAGUUGGACGGGCAGUCAGUGAAGGCCCAUUUCUUCCUGGGACAGUGUCAGCUGGAGAUGGAGAAUUACGACGAGGCCAUUGCUAACCUUCAAAGAGCCCACAACUUAGCCAAAGAGCAGCGGCUGAACUUUGGGGACGACAUUCCGAGCGCCCUGCGCAUCGCCAAGAAGAAACGUUGGAAUAACAUUGAGGAGAAGCGGAUCAACCAGGAGAACGAGUUGCACGCUUAUCUCACCAAGCUCAUCAUGGCGGAGAAGGAGAGGGAACUCGACGAAUGCCAACGGGCCCAGGAGCAGGAGAACAUGGAUGAAAACCGGAGCCGGACACAGUUGGCCAACAUCAAAGCCAAACACGAAAAAUAUCUAGCAGACAUGGACGAACUCUUCUCUCAGGUGGACGAGAAGAGGAAGAAACGGGACAUCCCUGAUUAUCUGUGCGGGAAGAUCAGCUUCGAACUGAUGCGGGAGCCUUGCAUUACGCCGAGUGGGAUCACCUAUGACCGGAAGGACAUUGAAGAGCACCUGCAGCGGGUCGGCCAUUUUGACCCCGUGACUCGAAGUCCGCUGACCCAGGACCAGCUGAUCCCAAAUCUGGCCAUGAAAGAGGUGAUCGACGCCUUCAUAUCCGAAAACGGCUGGGUGGAAGAUUACUGACCUGCGAAGGAGGGGAAUGCUCCUGGGCACCUCCAGCUGCUACGGCGACCAAGAAGGCCUCCCCCUCUCUGGACCGCGCCAGACUGCCCACUGGGCCACUCCCAUGCCUUAGCAUCUUCCCCCUUUCCUCUUUCUUCACCUGCCUGGCUCGGCCGAGUUGGGGAUUGGCUCCCCUUCCCUCCUCCAGUAGGCAGGAGGGCGGGGUAGCUCCAUGGCUUCCGUGGUCUUCUGAGCCGGAUCUCCUUCUGGGCAACGAGGAGACCUCGGCCUUUGAUCUUGACACAGGUGGAGUAGCUUCUUGGUUGCUGUGGUCUUCUUCUGAGCCGGAUAUCUCCUUCCGGGCAACAAGGAGACCUCAGCUUUGAUCCAGACAGGAAUGGAAGAUGUUCCCAUCGCAGAAGCUCAAGGCUCGACGAGUUAACCUUUUCCCGGGCUUCGUAAGGGCCACUUUAUCCCAAGCCCACCAGACUUUGGUAGCACACCGUUAGCACACCCUUCCCACUUCCACCCAGAUCCCUUCUUCCUCCCUUGCUCGGCACGCCUUCCUCCCCACGCCACCAGCCCUCGCAAAGGACCUGGCCUCUCCGUGGAGUAAAGACUGGAUCCGGCCCCCCCACUCACCCACCUUACCUUCCAGGAAACCCCUCCAGCCGUUGCUUCUUUUCCUGACCUCUUUACCUGUACAAAGUUUUCCUUCUCGACCGCCAUUUUCCUGCCUGUUCAAGAAGAGCCCGAAGUUCCGCAUCUGCUUCUCUGUAAAUAAACGGCCACCGAUUUGGGGGCGCAUCAGGGAGGGGGCGAAGAGAGAUGGUUCAUUAUUUCGUCUUUUCUCCAAGUGGACUGGAAUUCGGGGAGAAACGGUCUGCCCAGCUAGCAGAAAAAUUGUAUUGAGGGAAGAAGGGGGGAGAAGAGAGCUGGAGCCCCGCGGUUCCUUUCUGGGUAGUUUGUUUUGAUUUAUUAUAGUACUCAAAAAAAAAAGUUUUAUGUUUUCGGGUUGGUUUUGAAUUAAACUUCUCCCCUCCCCUUCCCUACUUCAAUCAUCA